CACGUUGGCAAAAUGAAGCGAUCCCGGCGAAGGUGGCUGGGCCUCAGUUUCUUUUGUGUGACUCUGAUCGUGUUGUCAGUGGAGAUACCGGCAGCGUCAGCAGUCAGAGCAACAGCGUUGAUCUUCGCGAAGACCACCAGCACAACAGCAGCACCAGAGGAACAGCCUGAAGGUGGCGAGGAAGAGGCACAGACCGAGGCAUCAGUCGACAGUGGUGACUCUCAGAAUACAACAAGCAAACUUACCGGCAUCCCGCAAAAUGACUAUAUAUACGACCCCAACCUGCCCCGGGAAUUGAACGGGUAUAAUCUGUCAGGAUACCCGUUCUACGAAGCUGUGCCACCACCAGAAACCAUGGAUUUCAAGUGUGAUGGACUUCACGACGGGUUCUACGCUUCGGUUCCUCAUAAGUGUCAGGUGUACCAUCACUGUCUCUUCGGCACCAGGUACGACUUCCUCUGCGCCAACUACACAGCCUUCGACCAGAAGACGUUCAUCUGUCAUUUCGUAUCCGAAGUGGAUUGCAAGAAUUCUCCAAACUAUUACAACAGGAACGAAGCUCUCUACAAAGCAGUGACUGAAGCACCCCCGCCCCCUCCGCCGCCCACAACUACCACCACCACAACGACCACCAGGCCCCCACGGCCCCCCAGGAGGCGGCCGUAUCACAGAUACGAUUAUUAUGAUGACGAUUAUUAUUAUCCUGAAAGGGAUGAUUAUGAUUAUGACAGGGGCAGGAGACGUCCUCGUCCUCAGAGACCAGGCAAAAGACGACCUCAUGAUGACUACGAGGAUGAAAGAUAUGAACGCCGUCCAAGACCCCGCGAUGAACCGCCAGAAGAUGAUUAUGAAGAAAGAAGACCCUAUGAUAGAAGAAAUAAACGGCCAUAUGACCAAAGAAGACCAUACGACGAUGAAGAAGACAGGCGGCCAGGCUACAGAAAUGGCAACAGAAGACCGAGACCAAGGGAUGAUGAAGAGGAAAGAUUCAGAGAAGACGAAGAUAGACCAAGAUCAGGGCAACGAGAUCAGAAGAGAGAACGAGAUGGUCCUAGACCCAAAUUUAGACCAAGAGAUGGGCCUAGAGAGGACACUAAGUCUCAAGAUGAAGUAAGACCGAGAGAUGAAGUCAGACCGAGAGAUGAAGUCAGACCGAGAGAUGAAAUCAGACCGAGAGAUGAAGUCAGACCGAGAGAUGAAGUCAGACCGAGGGACGAAAAGAGGUCACGGGAUGAGCCUAGACUUGAAGGUAGAGCACGUGAUAAUAUUAGACCAAGGGAUGAAAUAAGGCCAAGAGAUGAAAUUAGGCCUAAGGAAGAAACUAGACCACGAGAUGAAAGAAGACCAUUAAGAGAUGAGAGUAUACAGGAAAAACCAUUGGAAAAUUCUAGACCAAGAGAUGACCGAUAUCAAACCAAUGAAGGUAGACGAUACAGGGACGACAGACCAUACAGAAGCAGAGACGAAAGACCCUAUUCAAAACCAGAUAGGACUUAUGAUGACCGAGAAGAGAAGCGAGAUAUCCCAUCAGCUCCAGAUACACAAGGACUUGUUAAACCAAAUGGCCAUGGUAUUUUCAGUAAACCAAGAAUGCCUCCCAAAAUAAAACGUCCGGUUCCCGCAAACGAAAAGGAAAAAUAUGAAUAUGUAACCAUAACAACCACAAAGGCACCUCCACGUAAAGACGAUGAUGAAUAUUAUGAUGAUUAUGAAGAAGAAGAAAGCAGUCGACCAUCUUCUUCCGGAAAAACUAGUACCGUACAACAGAGACCACGGCCCGAAGUUGUAGAGAAAGAAAAAUUUAAACCAACUAGACCGCACUCCAUUAGUCCAUCUGCAAACUAUAAAGACAGAAGAACAACAAAACGACCUACAACUGGAUAUGACGAUGAUUAUUACUAUGAUACUCCACCGAAAAAUAGCAGACCGAGACCUCAGCCAUCUAAAAAAGGACAUUCUAAAGAUAUAGAAGACUAUUAUUAUGACUAUGACGAGAAAAAAGAAACCAAGAGACCAGUAAAGGAGGAAGAAGUAAUACAAGCUAGAAUCAAAGAAAUUAGACCUACAGUGAAAGUUAUUAAACGUCCUUUUUUACCGUCUAGGGGUGGCAGCCCGUAUUUGCCACGUGGCUUGCAACCAGUAGCUGGUAAAGAUAUGACUUCACCCCCUCAUACUACCCCUAAACCUACCACUACUACCACCACUACAACGACGACUAGGCCCACAACAACAACAACAACAACUACUACGACUACAACAACAACAACACAAAGACCAACAACAACUGUUACAACAGAACCUACAACAGUACCGCACAUUAGUGCACCAGACGAUGAAUAUGAAUAUUAUGACGAGGAUGACAUAGAAUAUGAAAAUAAAAAUAAAAAAGAUACAACUACAGCAGUACCACAAUCUUUAAACUUAAAAGAGGAUACAUCUACAGAGGUGCCAGAAUUAAAAACUAACAUACCUGAAACAACAACAGUACUACUUACAACACCGGAAGAAAGAGCAAAAAACUUAGCAACAAAGGUUUUGAGAGUCUACAAUGACAAUUACGAAGCUAUCAGAGAUAAACUCGAAUCGACAUUAUCACCUGGUGACUAUUUGAAACCUUAUCUCUCUCAGAGCGUAGCAAUGAACAAGCCCAAAUAUCCAGCAACAGAAAGUCCAUUUAAGCCUAAAAUCGCUCCCAAACCUGAAGUAUCUAAACCUUAUACAGCAACUGGAAAACCAGUAAUACCAGAAAAUAUCUCGAUAAAACAGAAUUUAGCUGAUUCUAUUGAAAAUGAAUAUGAUGUAAGAUUAAAUGAAGCUAUUACACCGAGUUUACCUAAUGUCAACAUUAGGGUACCAAGUGGUUUUGUGCCUUCUGAUAGAGAUUAUACAUUUUCGAGGUUCAGAAAUAAUUAUCAACAACCAGAUCCUCAAUUUGCUGCUUCGGAACUUUCAAAUUAUCAAGUAAGGAAACGACCCCAACAAAUUUCUGGGGUCAGUUUAAGAACGCCGAACUCUUAUUACAUUCAUCCACAGAGGGUAGUGGCUUACGAGGAGGGGGUCCAAAGGUACCCCAGACAAUUGUUGUAUAGACAAGUUGUAGGUGAUUUCUUUUAAUUGUGAUUUAUUGGUAACCUUUGAGAGAUGAAUGGUUGUAAACCUCUAAGUAUAUUUCUAAACGAUUUUCCAAAUAUACUUUAUAGGUUUUUUUUAUUGGAAUUGUGCAAUUGAUUUAGUCAUUCAUCAUCAAAAUUGUUGUAAAUUAAUUUGUUUUAAGAUAAAACGUAGAUGUAAAAAUAAGUCGAUAUGAAAGUAUGUUUUAGAGAUGUAACAUUAUCUCAGAUUAAAAUUUAUAAUUUUCCAAAUAACCAAUACUACUGCAUAAUUAAUAAAACUAUUAGAACCUGGACAUGAUAUCACCAGGGCUCAAAACUUUACAAGUUUCGCAUGUAUUGACUAGCUGUGCCUGAGAGACCAGCAUGAAAUUUAUAGCCUAUAUUGAAUAAGCUAUAUUUCUGUAAAGUUUCCUUAAAAUUCUUUCAGUAGUUUUUGCGUGAAAGAGACAUCCAUCUAUCCAUUCAUACUCGCAAAUUUUCGCGUUUAUAAUAUUAGUAACAGUCCUAUGUCUCUCUAAAAUUUUAUAAUUUUCAAACAGUGAAAGAAUUUCUCAAAUCGGUGCAUUCCUUCCAGAGUUUUCUUUGGUUGUGAUAAAAUCCGAUCUCUCGUUUAAUAAUAUUAGUAUAUCAAAGUAUAUUCUAUCUCCUUAAAUUUCUAUAGGAUGUUUUAUAAUGAAAGAUAGUUCAAUAUUAUUAAAAAUUACUCCCUACUAACUACUGAUAAUAUUUCAUCUCUAAAGUUAGCGUUAGGAUAUAGAUCUUCACUGCCAACUUAUAUUUAAAGAUUUGUAUAUUCUCAAUGUAAUACUCUAAGUUACCUUAAGUUUAAGUUGUAUUUUUCAAAGGUUACCCAUUAGUGCUUUAGGGUAGUCGAGGAAAAUUCUGUUUACUAACUUAAAAACAAAAUCUCGAGAGUGAUUUUGCUCAAAUUUCAAAAUUAAUAUUGUAAAAAGGAGCUAUAUUAUUUUCAUGUAAAGAAUAAAUUAGGUGUAAUGAAAGUAAUUGGGUUGUAAUUUGUUUUUAGUUGUUUUGGUAAAGCAAGUAGAGCGACUAUGGGAUUAAGAUAAGUACAUCAUGGUGUAUUAAAUGCAUUAAUCAAUAAUAUUUUAGUCUUCCACGAACAUUUUUGUAAACGAAAGUUAAUAAAAACUAACAAUACUGUUUAAAUAAAGAAAUUACGGUAUUGCGCUGAAAAAUAAAACAAAAAGAA